AUGCCUCAGUUUGAAGAACCCACAAGAGACAUUCCAAUCAGGCAGCAGAACGGGAUCAUGAAUCUCGCGCAGUUCCGUGCUGCCCUAAUUGACGCUGAGACCUCCAUAAAAGAAAAGGAGUCGCUGCGUCAGGAUGACAAGUUCAACGAUAUGAUGGAAAUUAUGAAUGGGCUUGCGAGGCGUCACUUCGACCCCAGCCUACCGUUCGACGAACAGAAAGACAUCGACUAUUCGGAACUCCUCCAUGAGGCAGGAGGCCGUAUUCCGAUCAUCAAACGCUACAAGGGAUACUGGCCUUUGAGGCGCUACUAUAGGGCUUUGCUACCGCCCAAGAAACGGACUACAAGGGGACUGGGACUGAAAUGUUAUGUGGAUCUGAGGUGUACAAGUCGGCCUCGUCCACGGCGAGCUCAUAACAACGACACGAAGGCAAUUCUCGAUCGCAUUUGGGCUAUGCCAGGCCCUCCGACUCCGCCAGUGGCGGGGCCGUCUCGUCUGCCGCAGACCGAAGAUGAUGCUUUGGCGACCCUCGUCGAUGGCCUCGAGCACUAUGAUCAUCUCUGGUCAGAUCCUUCCGACGAGGAGCCGGAAAUUGGUGACGCUGCAGCCGUCGAGGAGGAGCCAAUCCGCGAGUGUGAUGAAGGUGGACGCAUCAACGGCGUCCUAGAGGGGCACGUAAGGGUCGAUGGAACCGUAGACUGGGCGGUAGCGGACAUUGACGACUCGGAUCCUUUGGAUCUCUUCGCCAUCUACACAGACAGCGAUGAUGAGAUCGACACUUUCAGUCCUCGUCAUUACCGGCCCCCCCACCAACAUUACACGAUGCCCGCGGCAGUGCCCUCCGUACCGUCGUUUACACCCACACAGCCUGGAAUCGUGUCACCACGGUGGACGACAUUCACUCCCUCCCGGUCCAUAUUAGCCCCUGCGGGCUCAUUCCCCUCACGCCAGCACUCAACCGCAUCAAGCGUGCCCUCUACUCAGUCGUCGUCUACGACGUUAGUGUACGUAUCAUCCCCUUCGGGAUCGACGACACCGUCGAAGAAGCGCUCUUGA